UUUCUGCUCUUUGCAGAUAAAAUGUCUGGAGGUUCAUUGACGACUUUCUUCAGAAGAAUAAUUACUACUGCUCUGAUCUUGCCAUAACACCAGAAUUCCAUGACCUAUGCUUCAGUGCUAAACACCAGGAAAGAAUCAUACUUUGGCCAUUCUGUGUAGGUGGAACAGGCCUCAUUGCUGAAAGCCCAUCCUGUUUUAAAGCUGCUUAUUUGGUUUUCUAGGAUCAAAGGUGCUCAAUGAAUCGGAGCCCUCCCAAUGAGUCAAACAACCAAUUCCUGCCAACAGCUGGUUGAAAACUGUGCCGUGCAUGUAGCAGGAAUGGCGCAAGAGGAUAGCCAUCGCAGUCAGGUGCCACCCACUUUUUAUCAUGGUGCCAGCCAGGAACUUGAUCUGUCCACCAAAGUAUACAAAAGGGAGUCAGGAAGUCCUUACUCUGUGUUGGUGGAUACCAAAAUGAGUAAACCGCAUCUCCAUGAAAGAGAGGAACAGCCAUAUUUCAGGGAGAACAGAUCAGUAGGAGAGGUCCGGGCUGUGAAAGAAGAUAGAGAAAACUCUGACGACUCUGAGGAGGAAGAGGAGGAAGAAGAUGAAGUGACUUACAAAAGGGAGCAGAUUAUAGUAGAGGUAAACCUUAACAACCAAACAUUAAAUGUAUCAAAAGGGGAGAAGGGUGUCCCCUCCCAAUCCAAAGAGACUGCUGUUCUUAAGACCAGCAGUGAGGAAGAGGAGGGUGACAGUGGGGAAGAGGCUACUGAAGACAGUAAUGAUGAUGAGGAAAAUGAGAGGCAGAAGAAAAAAGAGAAAAGAGUGGAGAAAGUUAGUGUUGCACAAAGGAGAACAAGGAGAGCUGCUUCUGCUGCAGCAGCCACAACUUCCCUAUCGCCCAGAACUACAAGGGGCCGUAGAAAGAGUGUGGAGCCCCCCAAACGUAAGAAGAAAGCUGCAAAGGAGCCCAAGGCACCUGUGCAGAAAUCAAAGUGUGAAGAAAAGGAGACUUUGACCUGUGAGAAGUGCCCCAGGGUGUUUAACACACGCUGGUACCUGGAGAAGCACAUGAACGUCACUCACAGGCGCAUGCAGAUCUGCGACAAAUGUGGGAAGAAAUUUGUUCUAGAAAGUGAACUGUCCCUUCACCAGCAAACAGACUGUGAAAAAAACAUUCAGUGCGUUUCCUGUAAUAAAUCAUUCAAGAAGCUCUGGUCCCUCCAUGAACAUAUCAAGAUUGUCCACGGAUAUGCAGAAAAAAAAUUCUCCUGUGAGAUUUGUGAAAAGAAGUUCUACACCAUGGCCCAUGUGCGAAAGCACAUGGUUGCACAUACAAAGGACAUGCCAUUUACAUGUGAAACCUGUGGAAAAUCAUUUAAACGCAGUAUGUCACUUAAAGUGCAUUCAUUACAACAUUCUGGAGAGAAACCUUUCAGAUGUGAGAACUGUGAUGAAAGGUUUCAGUACAAAUACCAGCUGCGUUCCCACAUGAGCAUCCACAUUGGGCACAAACAGUUCAUGUGCCAAUGGUGUGGCAAAGACUUCAACAUGAAACAGUACUUUGACGAACACAUGAAAACACACACUGGAGAGAAGCCCUUUAUCUGUGAAAUCUGUGGCAAAAGCUUCACUAGCCGCCCAAACAUGAAGAGACACCGCAGAACUCACACGGGAGAGAAGCCCUAUCCAUGUGAUGUGUGUGGCCAGCGAUUUCGCUUCUCCAACAUGCUCAAGGCCCAUAAGGAAAAGUGCUUUCGUGUCACAAGCCCUGUUAAUGUGCCACCUGCUGUCCAGAUUCCACUAACCACAACUUCUCCUGCUACCACAGUCCCUUCUGUAGUGAACACACCCACCACCCCAACUCCACCAAUCAGUCUGAACCCAGUGACCACGCUUCCUCCACGUCCUAUCCCCCAUCCAUAUUCACACCUUCACCUCCACCCUCACCCUCACCACCCACACCAUCUCCCAGUUCCCCCAGUUCCUCAUCUACCCCCACCUCCUGCUCUCUUUAAGAGUGAGCCUUUAAAUCAUAGAGGCCAGAGUGAGGACAACUUUCUGCGACACUUGGCAGAAAAGAACAAUUCAGCACAACACCACUAAUAUUUUUGCUUCCUGCCACCUGUUUUCCCAUUUUAUGCAUAUGGAAACAUGUUCUCCUGGAAAUUGCAGAGGGAGAGCUGGUGAGGAUCUUUCCGUCUAUCGCGCCUCCCGGCAAAACAUCCUGAUAUUUCCAUGAAUCAGUUAACAAACAAGGAAGUUGAAUUGGCGGUGGUCAUUUGAACCAGAGGAACCAACAGGUCGAAACCCAAUUUGCUUGUGUUUUACUGGGGACUUUUUUAAAUUUCAAAUACUCAGACUUGUGGAAUUUUAUAAUUUCGUAUCAGCUGAUGAGGUAUGCUUGCUUUUAUAUCCUGGACCUCUCCUCAAAGAGGAGAUAGGCCUGGUUUCCUUUGUACUAAUCGGAAAGGCUGUGAGAUUUAAUACAGAGCAUUAAUUGUAUCACUGUGUAUCGUAAUGAGUUCUUUUCAGCUUUUGGUGCUGGCUAUGGAGUGAGCCAGCCACGUAUCACAGUAUAACAAGCAUUAUAGAGAAAGACAAAAAAAUUCUUGUUUGUGUAGCUCUCCUAACGCACUCUUUAUUUUACUACAGAAAUUAUUUUAGAGUUUUUUGUAUAGACCUAUUUAGUAGUCUGUUUCUAAAAUGAAAUGUAUUUCAAUAAGCAGUGUAAUUUUUUCAGUGUAGCUGGACCUAUGUUGUAUAAUAGAUAAAUUUUUAUAAUCAUCAAAAUGUGAUUCUUAAAAGAUGCAUAUAGCUUCUAUAGAUAAAGUUAUUCUUACAUCCAUACAACUCAAAAGGUGCUUCAGAGAAGAGGGGAAUCCAAGAAGUUCCUGACAAGGCUUCCUCAGAAGUGGUGUUGAUUUCAGAGCUUUCAUAUAAUUUAUUUAGUGGGGGGCUUUUUUGUUUUUGUUUUGUUUUUUGUUUUUUGUUUGUUUUUUUUUAAACCUUCCCUUUCCUUUUCCACAGUCUCUUAGGUUUAUGGGACAAGGAUAUUGAGAUACCAUAUUCCUGCUCUGCAGAUUUCACUUAGAUCAGUUGGACUGAAGUGUGGAAUGGGUUAGAAAGGGAUACACUCCUUACAAGUGAAGAGAUCUAAUAGUUCAUGAGUUGUGAAGUCACAGGUGAGUGAGAGAUCUGACAUCAGAGAGGAUAUAAACUGUCUGAAGCCAGCCAAGCAUCUUUUCUCUCUAUGUAGGAGAGCCUGGUUUUCAUGGCUUUUUUAAUGGUAUGAUUUUAAUUUUGGGAUCAUAUCAAAUGCUGCUCUUUCAGAUUUUUUUUUUUUUAAUUCCUGAGUUGUUAGGAGAGGGAAAUUAUGGGAGUGUCAUAAAUAUGUUUCUGAUCGGUUGGUUGUAAGAUUGCGCAGACGAGAAAUUUGAAUGGGAAAAUGGUCUUGUUAAACAAAAUGCUGAUAGCACUGUGUCUAUGGUAUGAAGCUCUAUCCCAUAAACAUAGUAUGUGUAUAAAAUAUGGGAUGAUUUCUAGGGGUUCAUAGUCAUGGUUUUUGACAAAUUUGUUUUACAGUUAUAGGAUAGAAAACUUUGAAUUUUAGGCAUGUCACAGUUUCAUAAUCUUGGAAGCCACUGAGUGAAUGACAUUGGCAAGUUUGGUACAGGAAUGGUGGGCUGGAAAGCCAAAUUAUUAGUUUUAACCAGUUGAGUAGCUGUUAUUUUUCAGCUUUGUGUUGUUCUUUAACUGAAACUGAGUAUAGCAGCAUUAUGCAGUCUAGGUAAUGGUUGCCACCUUCAGUGAUGAGACAGGCCCAAGGCCACGUACCUGUAAGUUUUGGGGGUUUUUUAAAAUAAUUUCCUACUAUUUUGUGCUGCUUAAUAAAUCGACUACCACCCAACUCCACAUCCAGAAACCCCAGCAGACAAAAGUCUAACUUGCCAUUUUAGUUGUUCCUGAACUGGACUUUUGUGGCUGAUACUUCUUCAGUCUUCAAAGUAGCAUAAACUGUGGAAAUUCUUCCCAGCGUUAUUUUCUCAAGGUUAAUGCAGUUAAGCAUGGUAUUUUGAAAUACCAUGUUCUUGCUCUUUUUGAAAUUAGCUCUUUUAAUAUUUUGAGUUUCUACGAUCUGUUAGUUAAUGUCAUUUCAUAAAAACAUAAGAAAUUUUAGGAACAGAAAAAGGCAGUCUUGGCCCAUCAUACCUAUACAUUUUUGACUGAACUUGAACCCCCAGCAUUUCUGGAAAAAAAAUAAAAAAUAAUGUUUGUUUUUCUAAAAAAAAUAAAUAAAUGUUUCUCUAUAAUAUUUAUAUAUACCCGAUCUUAGAGGUGAUAAAGCAAGUUACGAAGGUGAACUUACACUUAUGAUUACAACUGUUGUAUUUACUGUGUCAGGUCUGCCCGGAGGUUCUAUGCAUUCCACACCAUGUUUGCAACCUAAGUUUCUGUGGUGCCACUAUUUUAUGGUCAGGCCUGUUAUUAAAUGAUUUUUCAAUGCUAAAAGAAAUCUUAGCAAAUCAUUUGUAUUCCAGUUUUGCAAAAUGAUUUUCGUCUCAAUAAAUUUACAGUAUUAGGCUACUAUUAUGUGAUGCAUAGUAACAGCACAUCUUGGGUUUCAUUUGAUUUUGUUACUAAGUUAUAUGAACUUCUACUAUCCUAUGGAAAGAAGUAAAAUUGGCUCCCAAAAUGAGCUUUCAUAAUUGCAUUCUGAAUACGUUUUCAUGGUGUAUGACCUGUAACUUUGAGAGAUUCUCUUUAAUCAUCUGGGGAUAAAUUAAAAAUGAAUCUGAUAUGUUGUUCUGAAAUUCCUGCAUUAUUGUGCCAUAAAAACACAGGCUAGAGUAACAGAAAAGUUUGAGUGGUACACAAAUCAGGAAAUUCAAAGGAGAGAUUUGCCAUGGCUACUUGAUUAUGCCUAAAAUAGCUUGAUGAUUUUAUAUUAGUAUGAAUCUUCUUUCACAGGGUUCACACGACACUGGGGAAUAUGGUAAAACACUUGUCUAAUAGUUGCCAAUAUAUGUGAAGAAACUAAGCAUAAAUGUAUGUAUUAGCUUUAAUGCAUGAGUGUCCUUUAGUUUUCUAAAGAGUUUCCUAGGGUAUACUAACAGUUGUUACUGACACUGUAAUAGGCCUUUUAGGCACUUUUACAGUGACAGAAAAAUACUAAAUUUUAAGAGUUUCGGCCCAGAGGAAAUACAGGUGGCAGUCCAGGAAUGGAAGUUGUUUGCAUUAAUAAAAUCUGUUUUGAGUUACAAAAGUAUAAAGCAAAACUUCUAAAUUUGGUUUGCUGAGGAUCUUUCUCUUGAGUUGUAGAUCGGUAACUUGUUUUCAAAUUUCUAAGGAUUUAGCAAAUGUGGGCUGUGUGUGUUUGCUUUUUUAUUCGAAACACGGCCACUUAUUUUUACAUUGUCAUUUAAAAUAAGCAUGGUUGUAGUUGAGCCUUCCAAGGAGCAGUUUCUCAGGUGUUGUAAAUCAUCAUAGCUCCAUUCAAGCAACCGGAGCAAAGACAGUUUACAUCAGCUAAACAUUUGCAGUCAAGUCAUGACAUUUCUGGCAUGUUUAUUCACUCUUUCUAAGUCCAACACACUGAACUUGAGUUGGGCGAAAAAACUAGACUCUAGAUCAGAUUUGUUUUACAGACUUUUAAACAUAUAAUUUAAAAGAGAAAAUUACCAGAGUUGACAAACACUAAUUACCACACAAAAUAAACUAACUUUCGUUUAAGUGUUAGUAUGUUUGCAAAUAGCAGCAGCAAUGACAGCUGGGUUUUUUUAAGUGUAAAUUUGUAGCUUAGGAAAAAUUUAAAACCUGCUAGGAAUGGGGACAGAUCUUUAUCGUUAUGACAAACAACAGAAGUGUAAGCAUCCCUAUGCUGAGUUUUUGCUGAUGAGAAAAGAAGCAUUCGGGAUGAGAGAACAGCUGUCACCAUGCCUAUUUAGGAGAUUGUCUUUUCUGUUGGUCCGGGUGACAAAAGUAGUAAUUAGUGGUCAGUCUUGGUCUUGGUGGACUGAUGAUUACAUCAGAAGCUAUCCUCACAUCUAGCUGUAACAAUUGCUAUGAAUCCCUGAACAGCUGUAAGGCUAUAAUAAUUCUUGAUUUUGUGUUGUAAGCCAAAUUCAAGCUUGGGUCCUAUGGAGGAAAAUGGACCAGGCCUAAGCAGUACAGUCUUUGAUGGACGCCAUCUCUUUCUUAGCAUUCCAUAUAUGACUUACUGCAUAUAGCCCUUAUCUAUGAAAGUCUUUGCUUUUUUUCCUUGUUGUAGUUUGUUGAUCUUGUACCAGUUAUUGGUGGGGGUUCCUGUUUGGUAAAAAAGAGAAGGAG